AUGACCGAACAUCAGAUGACUAGCAGCUUGCGGUCCUUCCUAUAUCAAUCGCUAGAUCCAGAAAAGAAAGAAGUUCGCCUCAUCGAAAUAGCACCUCUGGAGACAGAAGAUCCGGGGUCUACGGCGGACUUACCCGUUCACUGUCGUCUGAAGCACGCCAGCCUCAACGAGAGGCAAUCAUACGUGGCGGUUUCAUACGCAUGGGGAGAUGCCGAGAUCACGAAGGACAUCCUAGUGGAGGACCAGUGGGUUCAAGUUACCACAAACUUAGAAGCAGCUCUGAGGCAAUUGGCUUCUCGACGAAUUGGCGAGAACCUCGGAUCAACCUUUUGGAUCGAUGCCUUGUGUAUCGACCAGCAAAACGAAGCAGAGAGAGCUCAACAGGUGUCUUAUAUGAGAGAAAUCUACCGCUACGCUACCAAAACCUUUGUUUGGCUCGGCCUGACAAGCUUGGACAGUGAUCUGGCAAUGAACACUCUUUUCGGAUUAAACAAGUUGGUAGACUCGGGGGCUUUUGCUGUCAUGUCAUGGUCCGAAUUCCCAUUUACUGAAAUCGCCGUCAAUCCGACUGUCGAUAGAGUCCAGGCCGUGCUCAGAGGGAUAAUCGGAGAGCUUUGUCACAACAAGUCAGCAAGAUUGAACGCUAUCGGUUCUUUGUUCGAGCGAGCGUGGUUCCAGCGCGUCUGGGUGAUUCAGGAACGCGUGCUGUCAAAAGACUGUGUGGUCUGUUGCGGUGAUACUUGGACCUCUUGGGAUGCAUUCUAUAACGGAUUUUGGGUGCUCUGUGGUGUGCGCGACUAUUUGAACAUUGUCGGCUCAGGCACGGGGAGGCGAGACAGCUCCACGCUGGUGGCUUUUCUUACGGCGGCUCUCGAUAGGGUUACUCCAGUGGCCUUCACUCGUCCAAACUCUUCACUCUUCGCCCUUUUCUCUUUACUCUCAAGAAUGGCAAAUAAGGCUCAACUCCAGGCCUCCGAUCAACGAGACUAUGUCUUCUCGCUGUUAGGCCUGAUUAGCCCGGAUUUGAGCCCGUUCAUUCCAGUCCAGUACAACAAGGAUUGGCAAACGAUUCGGACAGAGGUAGCCAAAGCCUGUUUGAUCUACUACGGCCCGAGAAUUCUAUCAUUUGCAGGGCUAGGGGGGGUACACAGCUAUUCCGCGGGUAUAAAUCUAAGUAAACCGUCAUGGGCACCCGACUGGUCCUCGAAAUUCCUGGCGCAGCCGCUACACGUCCCAUCCAUCUUUAUGGUCCGAGGCCAAAAUAGAGAAAGAGCAUACACGGCCUCCGGAUCACUCUCACAGUCUCUAUCAGCGGCAUUCUCGGAUGAGAAUCCAUUCAAUACGUACUCGCUAUCGUUGAAUGCUAUGAAAGUCGGCAAGAUCGUCAAACAAGGAGCGCCUUUCGUAAGAUUGAAUGGGUUGGACGGUGAGGCAGAUAGUCUUCAACAGUCAUUGUUUAUCAGAUGGCUCGACGAUCUUGGUUCCACACUGGCAGGGACUAAUACAGUCUACAAAACCGAUGAAGCACUGAGAGAGGCGUUGUGGAGAACUCCCAUCGCUGAUCGAGAGUUUGCAUUCAACUGGGAGACGGAAAGGGCAUCUGGUAAAAUGUUCACGUCAUACCAAGCUUUGAGACAAGGAAAGCAUUCCGAGGGCAUGAAGUACAUGAGUGUUGCCCUUGCCAAACUCGUUGGGAGAUGCCCUUUCGUAACCGACGGAGGAUACCUCGGACUUGCGCCAAUGUCAGCAUCAGUAGGCGAUGAUGUGUGGAUAAUCAUUGGCGCAGACGCACCGUUCAUCACUUCGACCCGUUCACGUACUUGGACAAGACAUUCCCAAAUCGUUGGCGAGGCGUACGUUCAUGGCAUGAUGGAUGGCGAGCUCCUACAGGGAACCAUAGAGCUACAGGCACUUAAUCUUACGUAA